UUUCCAGCUGAGAGACAGACACGUGUCCGUGUUUACAGGUGAAACGCAGGUGUUUCUCUCGAGGCUCGGCGGUGACAGAUGGUUACGUCACUUAACCCGCUUUGUAUCGGCUGGUUCCCAUGGAGACCGAGGAUUAACCAACCCAACCGGGUUUAGCUGAGUUAGCUUAAAGCUAAAGUUACCGGUAACCGUCGGUUUGUCCCGACAGGUGUAACGUUACCUGAAGGAGCUGCUAGCUAACAGAGUUCAAAGCGCUUUGUAGCAACACCGAGGACACGUAACGUUAUUCCAGUCUGCCCAGUACGGAGCUUUACUGGUUAUUAUCGGCUUUAACUAUGUGGGUUAACCCCGUGAAAUAUAUCUUAUUAGUUUAUUCUUCUUAACUAAGUUACCAACUAACGUUAGGUAGUCUUAAUUAGCGAGUAAGUGCAGCUAACUGUAGUUUGUGGUGUUACACAGUUUUCUGUCACCUGAUGAAGAAGAAACUCAGUCUUGAGUUCACAGACGCACGUUGUUCAGAUAUAACCUGUCCUGAUGUCUGGUCCAGAGGUGGAGGAGCAGAGGGAGGCCGGAGGAGGUGCAGGCUCCCAGGAGAACAGAGCAGGAGGAGGUAUCAGGUAUAUUACAGAGAAACUGCUGUUGAAGCUGACUGGCUGUGAGUCUCUGGCUCUGAUCCGGUCCCUCAAUCUGUCGUCCUCGACUGGAAGCAAACAUAUCAAGUUCAUAGAGAACCUUCAUGGCUGUCAGCGUCUGCAGGUUUUAAACCUGAACCACAACGUGAUCCAGAGGAUGGAGAGACUGAACGCUCUGACGCAGCUGAGAGAGCUGCAGCUGGCCCACAACAGCAUCCAGAGGAUUGAGGGACUGGAGCUCAUGUCCAGGCUGCAGCAUCUGAACUUGUCCUACAACAGGAUCGACCAUGUUCCCGCGUGGCUGGGGAAGAAACUGCACUCACUGCACACGCUCCACCUGCAACACAACCUCAUCACAUCUUUGCACGAGGUGUCCAGGCUGCGUUCUCUGAGUAGCCUGUCGGAGCUUUCUGUGUCAGGAAACCCCGCCUCCUCUCUGCCGCACUCCCGCCUCUUCCUGCUCUAUCACCUCAGGACUCUGGACAGGCUGGACAACCUGCCAAUCACCCUGGAGGAGAGAGGACACGCCCACCAACGCUUCAACACCGAGGAGCUGGAGCGUCUGCAGCGGGAGGUGGACGGCAGCCAAUCAGAGCUGAGCCGGCUGCAGAGAGAGCAGGUGGCCGCAGUGACUCGACUCCACCAGCAGGAGGAGACAAACCGAACGCUGACGGCUCAGACAGAAACACAAAGACACACACACACACAGCUGGAGCAGGAGCUGCACACCAAGAGUCAGCUGCUGGAGAAGACAACGGCUGAGCUGACCAGAGCCUUUCACAGACUGUAUGAGCUGGAGCAGGAGUUGUCUUUCUACAAGAUAGAUGCCAAACUCAGCCCUCUGGCGCUCUGCAGUGCACAGGGAGUCGACACUGUGGACUCUGUGGCUGAGAGUCCGGACAUGUGCAAGGCUCGACACAUCAGGAACGGUAUCACCUCCACUCCCGAACCUCAAACCUCCUGCUCCUCCUCCUUCUCCUCCCCCUGCCUGCAGACCCAGGAGGAUUCAGAUGUUCACACUGACAUGGAGUCGUCACCCCCCUUGCUGGAAGACUGCAGAAUAGAGCAGCAUAAAGCUAAGAGCCAUCAGACAGAAGAGCAGCCAGUAGCAGAACAGCCAGUACCUGAGGAAUCCUACACACACAGACAGCAGGAGGCGCUGUGUCAUCUCCUCAGUAAACUGUCUGUCCUGGAGCAGCUGAGAGAUAAAGCUGACGAGACACAAAGUCAGAUGGACAGACAGACAGAGGAGUGCAGGAAGACAGAGAGAGAGACGGAAGAGCUGGAGACACAACUUCUGAUGCUGGACACCGCAGACCCACAACAUGCCCAUGUGACCGCCCGAUUGGCCGGCUGGAGGCAGCUGCUGGACAGGAUGAGCGGGAAGCAGAGCGAGCUAGAGGGUCGCCUCGACGACAUGCUGUCCCGCAUCGCCAUGGAGACGCAGGAGAUCAAAGAGUUGGAACAACAGCUGACUGACGGUCAGAUUUUGGCUAAUGAAGCUCUUCAGAGGGAUCUGGAGAGCAUCAUCUCUGGACUCCAGGAGUACCUGAGAGGACUCAGAGAGCAGGCUCGUCGUGCUCAGCAGCAGGUUCACAGUCUGCAGGCUGACAACCACAGUCUGCAGCUCCACCUGGAGGACACUCAGAGACACUGCAGAGAGCUGGAGGACAGCAGUAGGACUCACAGACAGCGCUGUGUCUCUCUGCAGGACAUGUCCACCAGGCAGGAGGAGCUGUCUGUCCUGCAGAUGGAGGCCCAGGCUCUGAGAGACAGACAGGUGGAGAGCAGCAGACAACAGGUGGAGAUGGAGGCGGAGCUACAGCAGCUGAGGGAGGAGCUAACACGGCAGGUGACACUGGGACAGCAGUUGGAGCGUGAAGCUUUGCAGGAAGCUGUGGCCAAAGAGAAACAGACCAGAGAGAUCAGAGAGUCUCAGCUACAGUCCACCAUCGACACACUACAGGAUGAGAACUCAUCUCUUCAGCUCGUGGUCCAGAGACUCCAGGCCCGACUGGACCUGACCAGAACCCAAUAUAAAGAAACCAGGAACCACGCAGACCAGACCAGAAUUCAGCUGGACCAGAUUACAGCUGCCUUGUUGGAUCCUCAACAGGAGCUGGAGGAGGACAAGUACAGCUCUCUCAGUCCUGAGGACACGUUGUCCAGAAGUGUGGAGCAGCUCUACAGGGCCAUCCAGCAGACCGGGACCAGCAGGGAGCAGCUCCAACAAGACCAUAACCACAGCCAAGAACAGAUAGCCAGACUGCAGGCCCGGCUAGCCCAGGACCAAGACCACAUUAACCUGCUAGAAGCCCAGGUGGCCAAGGAUAAGGACCAGAUAGCCCAGCUGGAAGCCCAGGUGAUCCGCGGUGUGGAGCAGGACCAGGACCAGGACCAGGAGUCUGACUGGGGGCUGAAGGAGGAGCUGGAGAGACAGAGAGUCAGACUGCAGAGGUCUCAGAGCAGAAACAGACACCUUCAGCACAAACUGGAGGCGGAGCUGCAGCAGAGUCGUGUGCAGCUUCAGGACGUCCAGCAGGAGAGAGAUUUGCUGCUGCAGCAGCUGCGUUCACAGAGCGACGGUCACCAGAGGAGCCUCGGCCGUCUGAACAGGAAGCUACGGCAGCUCAGCAGGUCCAUGUGUGACUCCGAUCAGCUGACAGCCGAGCAGCUGAAGUCGACCACCGAACAGCUGAGAGCUCUGAACCACACGGUGGAGCUGCUGCAGAGACCGAGCGAACACGAACCCACGCCGUCAUCUGAACCCACGCCGUCAUCUAAACCCACGGUGCAGCUGAGGGCCGAGCUGGCUGAUGCUCAGAGACACAUAAACAAACUGAGACAGAAGCUGGACCGGACCAGGACCAGGACUGGGAUCAGGAGCAGAGAUGGAGGACAGUGGUGCUUCGUACCUCCUGGACACUGUGCUCCCAGUCUGGGCUCUCAGGGGACUCAGGACUCUGGUUUGGGGCUGCAGUACUUCAGUUCUCCUGACAGGGGGCGACAGCAGGACAGACCGCCCGCAGGAGGAGGGUACUGGGCGUACAUCCCCCCCGACACACACCGACUCUGACUCAGAGUGGAGGGACAGCGGGGGAGGCAGUGACGCUGACCGGAGCUCCUCAGGACAGACUCCGCCUCCUGCUCCUCCUGCCCCAGCUGCAGCGGCGGUCCCCGCUGGGCUCUCUGACAGUCACACUCCCCCCGGUCGGACCUGCCUGGCUCCUCUACAGUCCUCCAGCAGGAGGCGCUGCGCUGCACUGUAACAUCCCAGAACACAGAAACCGGCAGGUAGACAGGUGUGUGUGUGAGUGUGUGCACAAAGAAGCUGAGAGACUGGAGGAAGAGAAGAAGAAACUACGAGUGGAAACCAAACAACUGCAGGACGCACUGAGACGCCACAGG